AUGAAGUACGUGCUGGUCACCGGUGGUGUUGUGAGCGGCCUCGGCAAGGGCGUCACGGCCAGCAGCAUCGGCGUCGUCCUCAAGGCGUGCGGUCUCCGCAUUACGUCCAUCAAGAUCGAUCCUUACCUCAACACUGAUGCCGGGACUAUGUCCCCGUUCGAACACGGUGAAGUGUUUGUGUUAGAUGAUGGUGGUGAGGUGGACUUGGAUCUUGGGAAUUAUGAGAGGUUUCUUGAUAUUAAACUCACCCGGGACAAUAAUAUAACUACUGGAAAGAUCUACCAGUCUGUUAUUGACAAGGAGAGGAAAGGGGAAUACUUGGGAAAGACUGUGCAGGUUGUGCCACACAUUACAAAUGCCAUACAAGACUGGAUCGAGCGUGUUGCUAUGAUACCGGUGGAUGGCAUGGACGGACCAGCUGAUGUCUGUGUGAUCGAACUGGGUGGAACAAUUGGUGAUAUUGAAUCUAUGCCAUUUAUUGAAGCUUUGGGUCAAUUCUCGUAUCGUGUUGUCUUCUUUUGGAUAUUAUUUUGGUUGCCAGGACCUGGCAACUUCUGUUUGGUGCAUGUCAGUCUCGUUCCAGUUCUGAAUGUUGUUGGUGAACAGAAAACCAAGCCGACUCAACACAGUGUGCGUGGUUUAAGGGGACUUGGCCUCACCCCAAAUAUUUUAGCUUGUCGCAGUACAAAGGAACUGGAAGAAAAUGUCAAAGAGAAACUCUCCCAGUUCUGCCAUGUGCCGGCAACAAACAUUGUCACUCUGUAUGAUGUUUCCAAUAUUUGGCGUAUUCCUUUGUUGCUACGGGACCAAAAGGCGCAUGAAGCUAUUCUUAAAGUUCUGAACCUUGAAAGCUUUCCUCGUGAGCCAAAGUUGGAUGAAUGGGUUGCAAGAGCUACUAUGUUUGACACCCUUCAGGAUACUGUACGCAUUGCUAUGGUUGGGAAGUACACUGGUCUAUCUGAUUCCUAUCUCUCUGUGUUGAAAGCUCUCUUGCAUGCUUCAGUUUAUUGCCACAGAAAGCUUGUUGUUGAUUGGGUUGCUUCUACAGAUCUUGAGGACUCUACCAAAAUUGAGGCACCUGAUGCUUACAAAGCAGCUUGGAAUUUAUUGAAGAGUGCUGAUGGCAUUUUAGUACCUGGUGGCUUUGGAGAUAGAGGUGUUCAAGGAAAAAUUCUGGCUGCUAAGUAUGCCCGUGAAAAUAAUGUACCAUAUCUUGGUAUAUGUCUUGGAAUGCAGAUGGCUGUUGUAGAGUUUGCUAGGAAUGUCAUGAAUCUCUCUGAUGCAAACAGUACUGAAUUUGAUCGCAAUGCCAAGGCCCCAUGUGUUAUUUUUAUGCCUGAGGGUUCCAAAACACAUAUGGGUGGCACAAUGCGCCUAGGAUCGAGGAGGACAUUCUUCAAGGUUGCUGGUUGCAAGUCAGCUAAAUUGUAUGGCAAUGUGGAUUAUGUUGAUGAGAGGCACCGGCACAGAUAUGAGGUGAAUCCUGAUAUGGUGCCAGAGUUUGAAAAUGCUGGACUUAAGUUUGUUGGCAAAGAUGAGAGUGACAGGAGAAUGGAGAUAAUCGAGAUACCCAAUCACCAGUAUUUCGUUGGCGCACAGUUUCAUCCUGAAUUCAAGUCAAGACCUGCGAAACCUUCUCCACUAUUUGUUGGGCUAAUCGCCGCCUCAUCUGGGCAAUUGGACAAGGUGCUACAAAGCUGCUCGAAUGGCCAUGUGCUUCCUGCCAAACAUCAGUUCAGCAAUGGUCCAUACACGCUGGCUGCACACCAAAAUGCAAACGGGCAUGCGAAGAAGCUUGCCAAUGGUCUAGCGAAUGGAACAUACCAUCCCAAUGGGAAUGGUGUCCAUGCGUAG